AUGGCACCGUCUGGUUCGCGUAGUAUAAAGAGGGGCUGUCAGAGAGUUUUGUACUGGAUCCCUGUCCUCUUCAUAGCCCUCAUUGUGGCAUGGUCUUACUACGCCUAUGUUCUGCAGCUUUGCAUAGGUAAGAUGUGUCUGUAUGUGUGCGUAUUCAUGUGUGUGUGUGAGAGAGUGGGGGAAUGCCUCUGAGUGUGCGUGCGUGCGUAUUUGGAGUGCUGGGGUGUGGAGACAUUUCUGUUGUCAGUCUGUUUCAGCAGUUUCUUGUCAGGGGGUAUUCUUAUGGAUGCAGAUGACCAGCUUGUUGUUUAUGCAGCAUGUGCAUAGUGUCAGUCACAUGACGAUAACAGUUCAACCAGGGACAGUCAGCAUAUGGCAACAAGAGAGUUGCUUUAGUCUGUGUUUUUUUUGCAUGUGCACAAAGAUUCAGUGUUUUCAGUGUUUUCAGACCACAACACAGACAGCAGAGGAAGUAUUUUAUGACCUGCUUUUACUGUGAAAGGGCUUUUAGGAAACAUGCAUUGUCAAAGGAUGCACUUAAAAGGAUUAGGGCCAUCCUAUAAGAUUCAUUAACCCACACUUCCACUCUAUCAGCAAUAUCUUAAAGACUUACUGUAAUAGCUUCAGGCUUGUGUAGUCACUGAGCUUCAUUAUCUGAAUUUAUAUCCUCCAACACAACAACACCACCAGCAGCAGCGGCGGCAGCAGCAGCAGCAGCAGCAGCAUUAUCUUCCAGCGAGAAGUCCGUCUGUAAUGGCUUUAGAGUCAGACCUGCCCCCUUCUUUAAGGCGUCCUCCGGCUGCUGAGUGUUGGAUGGUGCAGUUACAGACAGCAAGCCUCCACAGUGAACGCUGAACACACAGUUGACCUGGAUAGUGAGUAAUGGUUUCUAGGAUGUCUCGGAGGAGUCUCAGCAGCCUUCUCCUGUGCUCCAUUUGGCAGCUUGUCAGACCACUAGGAAAGCAGAUCUUCUCUGUCAAAACCAAAGAUGAAAUGGAGACAGUUUAAUGAGGAAAACACAGAGAGGGGAGGUUUGAAGGCUUGGCUGUUUGUUCCCAGAGUUGAUCCUCUCAAGACAUGAUAUCGAGCUCUAACCGGGACUGUGCACAUUUAUGUUUCAUUAGAGAGACUCAAGUAUGACCCAUGAGCUUCACCUGCAGAGAGGAUAGUGAGGAGAGGAAAAGUGACCAAAAAACAGUCCUAUGAAGAUUUAAAGUGACCAAUAACCUCAAAGAAAAGGGGGAAAAAGCCACUUCAAACAAGACAUAAAACAAAUAAGAUGUAAAUUAACCAAAAAAGAGAUGAGAAAUAUCAGGUUGACGCUGGGGUGUGUGAGCGGUGGUGGGUUUUUUGAUGCAGCAUUCAAAGCCGUACAUAACUGCAGCUUAUUGAGGGCAGUGACAUGAUAGUAUUAAAUUUUACAUCACAAGAAUACUUAAAGUUGUUUUCCUGAUUUUCCUGUAUGUCUAAACUUUCUAAAGUGCUCAGGGCCCAGUGUUCGUCUGCCAGUGUCUGUCCCAGGGUGAACCUCUUCUAGAGUUACAGGAUGCCAUGUCCCCUCUGCCUUCCACAAGCUACAGAGACACCCUCCAUCCCUGCAGGGUGACAGAGGGAGCUCGAUCCCUGCUUCCUUUUAAAAAAAAAAAAAAAACAGAUCUUGUUUACAUCCCCCAGAGGAAAAAUGAAACUGUGAUGCGUCUGAGUCACAUGGGACAAAACAGAGGUCAACCAGCAGCAGGGCAGCAUGUGGUCUGCAAAAAAACAGAGAGAGAGUUGUGUGAAAGUGUCGUCAGCUGAUACCUCUCGUCGAGCAGCUCAGUUAAUCCCAUUGUCUGGUUUACAUAACUCACCCCCAGCAAUCUGCGUGUGACCCACUUUCUUUAUAAAGCACAGACUGUCAGCCUUUGAACAUUUGGGCCUUUCCCAAGAUUGGUAAAAAUGUGAAAUCAGGUGGUCUUUGGAUUUGUUGUUGCACGAUGGUGGAGGUAAGGUAGUAUGGUAGAGACCUUGGCGCUUUCAUUCACGUGAUGAUAUACUGUACAUACCAUCACAUGCACUUAAUCGCACACACACACACACACACACAAACACACACUCGUGCUCCCCUGUCGGACUCUGGGGCUUUUAUGCUGGCGAGGCAACGUGCAGGAUUUUUGGCUGCUUGCCUCAAUUCAAGUCCCUGGUAUACUUCUCCUCAGUUCCUACCUCAUGAAUAUCUGUGCGUGUGUGUUUGCACAUGUGUGUUUACUGCUCUUUACAGGCUAAUUGCUGUAGAUGGAUGUUUCUGUAUGCUUAUUUUAUCAGCGCUUAGACAUGCGGACCCAUAUAAAACUGUGUCAGCUAACAUUCAAAUACAGAUCUCUGCUUGUCUCUCUUUGUUUUUGAGUCAAGAUCUCUGAGGUGUGUGUUUGUGGAGGUUUCGGGGUGCGUGCUGAUGUUGACCUGUGAUUGGCAGUUUACCCAGUCCUGUCUCUGAAGGUUGUUUAUGCUGUCAGUGCUCUCUCUCACACACACUCAUACACACUCGCAAGACUGCAGAAGGAUCACGCUGCUUACAAUGACUUUUGUCAAAGCACAGAAAUGCACUCUUCAGUCGAAUCAUCAAUGAGUCACACUGUUUGUGCUUUAUUUUGAGACUAAUGUUGUAUUUUUGCUGCUUUUUUUGAGUUUUGCAAUAUUUAUCAAUAGCAUUCAUAUAUAAGAGAGCUUAAAUAUUUGUUAAUUGGAUUUUGCAGCAAGUGCUUCACUGAUUCACUUAAUAAACCUGACUGUUGGUUUCACUUUGAUUUUCCAGAAUCAAUCAAAGACACAGGAGAAAAAGGUAAGUCAAAGAUUAAGACAGUAAUAGAUGUCCUCAGCUGUUUUGUGUCUGCUGGAUGUUGAUUUUUUUCACAUGAGGUUUGGCAGCUUUCAGUCUGAGCAGAGGUAGCCCUCUUCAGAAAUCUAUUAAGAACACUAUUAAAGGAGAACUUCUGUAUUUUUCAACCUGGGCUCUAUUUUCCCAUGUGUUUAAGUGCUUGACUGAUGGGGAGAACAGUUUCUGAAACUGGUCCAGUGUUUAGGGAGAGCGGAGCAACCAGCAGCUGUGAGAGGAGCUAAAAUGUGGUUCGGCCAGGCAAUUGCGCAUCAUCAAGCUGCGUCCACUACAGGUGCUUUAUUUAACUUCUAACAGGUUCAGACUCUAAUUACAAAUCCUGAGAAAGGAGUGGCAAAGGUUUCCUUUACCUUCUACUUGUGCUGGUCCGUGACCCUCACUCACAUGUCCGACAACAUGUGAGAUCUCAUGAGAUGUCAGAAUGACACACCUCCACCAACAAGAGUUUGUUGUACACAAAGAGCCCAGGUUGAAAAUACAGAAGUUCCCCUUUCAGCUGGUAGGAAAACAUAAAUUUCCACCAUGUUUACAUCAAGUAUUUUAUAAGGUUAAAAAAAAUCUCUUUCUUGUAACUCCUGGUUACUUUUCAGCAAAGACAUCCAUAGUGUCAAUAUUAAAUAGAUUGACAUGAAAUAUGUAUUGAUCCUUGUUUUUAUAUCUGUGGCUCAAAGAUGAAAAUCAUUUCCUUCAAUUCUUUCAUUUUGAGAAAGUAAAUCCAACAAAUUUGUCAUUCUUGUCAGCUGUGUUUUGGGCUAACAAACCAACCUUACUCACAUCUGUAUUACUCUGUCUUUAUUGCUGUUGGUUCAAACUUUAAAUGUUUGUUUGCCAAAUAAUUCAAUUUUGAUAGAGCAUGUGAAAAAAUACACUUGAAUUAGUUGUUUAGUGCCCUUGGCCAGUGUUAGGGUGCUAACAUGCAGAACUGAAACUGCUGACACGUUAGAAUAUUAAAGUUCAGCCGACAUCACGGCUUUAAACGUACACAUAGAACCCACAAGAGUAUAAUACUGGUGUCCCAGGCCGUGAUUUCACUGAACAGUAAAUAUAGUAAACACAGCAUACACUUAAACCCAUGCAUUUAUACAUGGAAGUAUGUGAAUAGUAUAGUAAUAAAAGCAGCAGCAACUCAAAACUGAUACCUGGACAAAAAAUGGUUCAAUUAUCAGCAAUAAAACAUUUGGUCCUGUUUAUUUAUUUUGAAGACAUGUCUUGUGCAAACGCCUUGUGUUGUGCCAGUGAGAGCGAAAAGAAAAAUCAUCACUUUACACCAUGUUUAGAUAUGAAAUGAGGCCACAAACUGAAGAUAAACGGUUAAAUAUACAUGACGGAUGGUGAUGAGGACUUGUUUAUGUUUGUCUGCUUUCAGUUGUGUACUUACUGGUCUACCAUGUCAUAUUCAUCAUGUUUGUGUGGGCGUACUGGCAAACCAUCUUCACCAGGCCAGUGAACCCCCUGAAGGAGGUGAGUCUGACUGAGACGCAGCAUUAUUGUCGGUUGGGAUGAUGAGGCAUGAUGGGGAGUGCAGAUGUAGGUUACAGCCUCCCCGUGUGAUUGAACGCUGCAUUUAGACUAAUAAUACUUUCCAGUGGAAGUGCCUGAAGCUGCACUGUAAUGGCUCUGAUCCUGACCGCAGCACUUCAGCUCUGCAGGGUGAGCGCACACAUGCAUACAUCUUUGAGAGGACACUUGGAGAAAAGCCACCUUUGCAUUUUAAAAACAAGUGAGGCAUGCGGUGAUAAUCUCCCUAUAUGAAAGCUCGCCUUUAUGAGAUCUGAUGGCUGGAUCACUUGAGGUUUCGAGAUUGUAAUAAAAGUCAAUUUUCAUGUGUGCUGUGCUGUUUGUUAUCAUCAGAGUUAUUUGUUUCCACUGUUCAAUCAUAAAUCGCCUGAGUGGCUGAAAGUAAUAUCACAGCUCUGCACUGCUUUGCUCCCAUUUGCCUGCUGGGGCAGAAAAAAAACAACAAAACAAAAAAAGGAAGAUAGAGACAUACUCUUCGCUGCCUACUGAGCUGCAGCUUCACAGUAACAAACGUCGCUGCAUUACUGACACUAAGCUAAAUCAGCUUGUAGUAUGUUAGACAAUUUGGUAACACUUUAUUUGACGCGUAUCUCUAUAACGCAAUAUAAAUAUAUUUACAAUGUGUUAUUAUCACGCUAUAGCACUGUAUAACUAUAGUUAUAAACACUCAUAAAUGAUCAUAAUGUUUUAUAGCAAUAAUCAUAACACAUUACAAAGCAUUUUAUCAGUACUUACAAGGUCAGGUAUUAUAAUGUGUCAUAACUGUUAACAACAGUUGCAUUGCAUUAUUUAUGUGGGCACUGUUGGUGAGUUGUUAACAGUUAUAACACAUUAUGAUACCUGACCUUGUAAGUCAUGAUAAUAUACUUUAUAAUGUGUUAUGAUUAUUGCUAUACAGCAUUAUGAUCAUUUAUGAGUGUUUAUAACUAUAGUUAUACAGUGCUAUAACAUGAUAAUAACGCAUUGUACAUUAUACGUUUUGAAAUUAAUAGUUUCUGAAAUGAAAUAAAAUUUUUAGGUGUUAUUAUUGAUGAUAAAUUGACCUGGAAAUCACAUGUUAAAGGAAUAAAAGUGAAAAUAGCAAAAAUGAUUGCUAUGUUAAACAAAGUAAAGGACUACUUGGAUAAUAAAGCUUUGUACCUAUAAUUUGAUUACCGUUCUAUAUCUGAUCUACUGCGUUGAAGUGUGGGGAAGUGCAUGCAAAAUUUCCAUUCAGCCAAUUUUCAUUUUACAAAAAAAAAAAAAAAAAAAAAAUCCAAACAAAUUAUUAGUAGAAGUCAAUGCAGAGAUCCUUCAAACCCAUUACUUGUUAAAUUGUAGUUGUUGAAAUUCAGUGAGCUAGUAGAUUUCAUUAUGUUGCAGAUUAUGUAUAAAGCUCAAAAGAAAAUUUUACCAGUCAACAUCCAGAGCCGAUUUGAAAAAAAAGAAAGUUAUCAUAAUUUAAAAGGAUUUGAAAUACUUAAAAAGCCAAGAUUCAGAACUAAACUGAAGGAGCGCUGUGUUACAGUGAAAGGAAUACGUUUGUGGAACAAUCUGAACAAAGAAACUAUAGAAGCUAAAUCAAAUUUUAGGUUACAAAAAAAGCGUCAAAGCCAGUAUGUUAAGUAAAUACAGGGUCUUUGUAUGUUUGUUUUGUGAAAAAAAUGUAAAUAAACGUGAUGGGGUUUUUUUUGUUUUGUGGGUUGUUUUUUGAAAACAAGAAAUACUGAACUGUAAAAAGGCAUGUUGGCCUGCAGCUCUUGUUUAUUUUUAUUAUGUGUUUAGUUGAUUAGUAUCGUAUAAAAGGGGGCAGACUCUUUAAGAGUUUUUUUCUUCCUGCUCCUUUUCAUUCACUUGUUUGAGAUUUUUCCUUGUUUGUAUUGAAUAGUUUAAAUAUUAGCUGAAUGAAAUAAAGUAUGAAAAUAAAUCAAUACUUAUAAUGCGUUGUAGAAAUAGGUGUCAAGUGUUACCGACAAUUUAAAUCACUCCUUGCAGGCACAAGUAUCGAUAAAGUGUUUUUCUUAACCUCUGCCCUCUGCCCUACAUAGUUUCACCUGUCCUACUGUGACAAAGAGCUGCUGGAGCGUGAAGAUCGGGGAGAGUCCCAGCAGGAGAUCCUGAGGAGGAUAGCCAAGGAUCUGCCCAUCUACACCCGCACCAACUCUGGAGGUAUGGUAGAGCUCACAUCACUGCUUAUGUAGAACAGUAGGAGAGGUGUGAAUGACGUGCAGCUCUCAGAGCUCAUUUCACCUCCAUCACCUUGUUAGUCUGUGGUCAAGAGUUAGGCGAGGCUGCUACUGACGGACGGCUGUGUGAUUGAAUUGGCUGUGUCUCCUCAGCAAUCCGUUUCUGUGACCGCUGCCAGCUGCUGAAGCCUGAUCGAUGUCACCAUUGUUCAGUCUGUGAUAAGUAUGGCUCUCCACUCAUGCACCUACAGAGAAAAGACCACACCGUAUAUUGCAUUCUGGCAGGUGGAGUGAGAUUCAAUUACACUGACGUCUGACCCUGCUGUGUUACAGAUGCAUCCUGAAGAUGGAUCACCACUGCCCCUGGUAUGUGGGGACACUUUAAAGGCAAUAGUAGCGGUGCAAGUACGCCUGCUUAAGCACAUAAUUGUCUUUUCAUGAAACCCCUCACAUUGGUAAGGGUUCAUACUGGAAUAGACGGCAAACAGAAGAGGACAGAACAGGAUUCGACUGCUGUUUCUGCAGUAUGGGGUGGCAAUCAUGUGUCAAUCCAGGUUUUGAAGACUAAGGGGAAAUUUAAGUUAAAGCAUUGAGCACGCCUGGUUGUUAUUUAACACGAUGCUCUGCAAAAAUGCUUUGCUGAUGUGAUCAUGUGCUUAGCCAUCCCAGAAAAACGCAUUACUGUCUGAUUUUUGCUCAACCGUUUGUAUUUGCUUUUCCAGUCCUGUAUCUUUGCAAAAGAAGGAAUAAGAAUGUACUUGUUACACCGUAUUUUACAUAAUGAUCAUUUUAUUCUUGCUGCAGGGUGAACAACUGUGUGGGAUUCUCCAACUACAAGUUUUUUAUGCUCUUCUUGGCUUAUUCUCUUCUCUACUGCCUUUUUGUAACUGCUACAGAUCUUCAGUACUUCAUUAAAUUCUGGAUGGUAAGCCGGGCCGCCAUUACUGUGAGAUACAUUUCCUAUAGAGCCUUUGGUUUCACAGAAUAAUCUUUGAUCAGAUCUUCACAGGCAUCUGAAAGCUGUGUGAUAAAUAAGUGUUUAAUUUUUUUCCUCACAAGGCUGGAGGUAAAGCACAUUUCCGUCUCAAAGAAUACCUGGUAUGAGCCCACAAGGUAGUUAGUGGCAGUGAAAUAAAAGCAGCUAGAAAAGCCCGGGUAGACUGCUCGAGGAGAAAUCCUGCAUAGGUCCCAGUUAAAUACAUGCAUAAUGUUAUGAAAUUCUGUUUUCUCUGAGUUUUGUCUUUUUUGCGUCUUCGUUCCAGCAGAACGGGCUCCCAGACACCCAGGCAAAGUUCCACAUCUUAUUCCUCUUCUUCUCGGCUUCCAUGUUUUCAGUCAGCUUGGCUUCGCUUUUCACCUACCACUGCUGGCUCGUCUGCAAGAACAGAUCCACGCUCGGUAGGUGGCGUCGGUCACGCCUGCGUGUUUGUGUGUAUUGGUUGUGUUUGAGCACACGGUCAUUACACAGCCUCUGUUGGAAGCAGCUCACUCCUCUUUGUCUUUCAGGAUCUGCUCUCAGUCUGCUUUUGGUUUGAGCAGAGAUGUCUUUGCACUAAUGAUGAGGGAUGCUUUACUGCAUUUUUUCCAGCGUCAGUCACCAUCCUCAUCAGUGCAGUGGUUUGAUGAGACUCUCUGGGCCGUUAUCACACAGAGCUGUUUCUCAUUAUGUGUGCACAGUGGCACACUUUGUCUGUGUGUAGAGGAGAGUGGAUUAUCCUGAGGAGUAUGUUACAGUGAAAUGCAAAGACACAAGGCUCAGAGCAGUAAGAAGCUUAGUAACAGAAGCUGCUAGGAGGAGAAGUCACACAUGGUGGCGCAGUCUGAGGUUUUCUUUUCCUGUGUAACAAAGACACUUUCAUUCAGAGUUUUUAUGCCGCCAUUCAGAAGGAAUCACCCGUGGUGGUGAUCUGCUGUCUGAAUGCACUUCUGCUGAUAUGAGAAACAGCUUACAUAAAAUCUGAAAGAGUAAGCUGUACUUUUUUAUAUCCUGUCCUCCAGAGGCUGUACGUGCUCCAGUGUUUCGCCAUGGGACAGAUAAGAACGGCUUCAGUCUGGGCGUCAGUAAGAACUUCCGCCAGGUGUUUGGGGAUGAAGUUAAAUACUGGCCUGUACCAGUUUUUUCCAGGUAUACUUUUUUUUAAUCACAAAAUAUUUUAUACAUCACCAAACUGAAGCAGGGCGAGCUAAAGGAGCUUUAUAACAUUUCCAGCAGGUUCUGACCUGCAGCUUAGAGUCCACACUGGUGUAAGUUAAAGAUACAAGACAAAACGACUGUACAGAUGGGAUGAGAAACAAGAGCAGAAAGAAAUGAAAUGAUGUUUCAGAAAUCUAGGUCUGCUCCUUUGCGGUGUUGAAACCUCACUGCUCUGUGUCUAAACCUGAUGUCAAAGACACGUCUUCAUCUCCCUGUAAGAUGAUAAAAAUAAUGAAAAGUCAAAAUAUUCUUACGUUUCAUGGAUGAUGAUGGACAAACCAGAAUAAAAGAAUAAUAUGUUACCUAAAACUGCAAUGAAACAGGAUUUUAAUGAACUUUGUUGGAGUGUUUAGACUAUAUUUGGUUUCUAAUGCAUUAAUAUUUAUUAGGGCCUAGUUAGUCCAGUUGUCUUUGGAUUAAAUACAUCUAAUCUAAUCAGGUUUAUUCAUUCAUUCACACAGAGUGUAUAAUAUUGAUCAUUAAAAAAAGAAUGAAUUUGUGUGGGUGCUGAAGAAACCCAUUAAUGACCCAUCUGAAAACCACACCCAGGAGACAUUUCUAGGGUAACAUAAAACCACUAAAACAGAAUAAAUGUUAGAGUUUAUUUAAAGCUGAUGUGAGGAACUUUCUGUUAGUGUUGAUUUUAGUGCCCCCUGUGAGCAAAGUAACACUUUCUACCUUCUUGUCUCUACACAUGAAAGUUGUUUGCAGAGAAAACCUCAAACUGUUGUCUUAUAAUAGUGAAAUUCAUCACUUGUUUUGAGUAAUUACUCUUCCAAAGAAACAGAAGGACUGAUCAGACUAAGACAUUCACUUCAUUAUGGGACUCUGUGAUAUCUCACUGAAAGUGGAUGCAGGGAUUCUUUACACAAAGAACAAUGGAGAUUUUUAGCCGGUCUGUUGGAUAAUGAUAAAACUGAGAAUUACUAGUUAGGUAAUAUUUAAAUUAAUAUGGUAAACCUGGGACAUGACACAUCACUUUGAGGACAAAUGUACAGUUUUUUGGUUGGAAAGCCACUCGUCUAAACAGUUUCAAUGAUACACAUGGAUAAUUAAACUGUAAUGUAAUGAUAAAAGAUAACUAUUGUUUACAAAGAACCAUAUUUUUCUUAAAGACACUGCGAGAAGUUUUUUGAAACUGAUAACGAGGCCUCUGUAUGAUCUUCAGAAGCAGAUGAGAGCAUUAAGACUGAUCACUUCUUUGUUGUAAUUUUGAAUGCCUACAAGGGGGAAGGUCCACACCAGAUGAUUGACAGCAGAUUGACAGAGUCAUCACUUUGUCCACAGGGGGCGCCAGAACCAAAACAACCAAAAGUUCCUCACAGCAGCUAUAAAAUCCCGAGAGAUUUGGAGCGCUUUCUGCAGGAUAAUCCAACCUGUGAUUUUAAAAAAACAUGUAGAUACUCAAGUGAUUUAAUCUAUAGCAAUGCAGUUUGAAUUGCAUUUCUUCUGUGACUAUAAGUGUGGCUCAAUGAAGUCAAUAACUUUUCAUAUUUACUACAAAACUUUCAGUAGUACACACAUCAGUCGAACAUGUUUUAUGAUCAUAUGAUGAACUCAGGAUGUGAGAAAACAAGUGAAUCCUCUGUUCAGCUCAGGCAUCAGCAUCACUUAGUGUGAAAAGUCCCAGAAGACACAAGACGGCAUCAGGACACCAUAACAUCAACAGUGUGAAAGAAUGAAAGAAUGCAUGUUAUGAAGCUUUGAGAAUCAAUAAUUCAUGCUGACAAAGGAAGCAGUGUCAGAAAAGUGGGGCUCUGUCGUGCUUGCAGUCAAAGACCAUAAACUUUACACACUCUAAUGUGUAAAAACAGAUUUUUGUUGUUAUUGUUUUUAAGAGAAACAAACUCCAAAUUCAGUUGUUAUAAAUGUAGAUAAUACAUCUGAUUUAUGUGACAUAACACAAUCUUCAGUCUCCUAGAGUAAGGAAAAGUAUAAAUGCAAAUCCUGCUGAUGUACACCUUCAUUAAAUAGAAAUGUAUCCCUCACCAUUUUCCAGUUUAGGUGAUGGCUGCUCCUUCCCAGCUUGUCUAGUGAAUCUGGACCCUGAGCAGCCCUCAUCCCCCUCAGACCCCAACCCUGUUAACAAAAGGUGAGUAAAAGAUUCAUUAUAAAGUGAACAGCACUGAGAAAAAAAAGAGUCUGAAUCACAUUUGAAUGACCAUGCAGCUCAAUAUUUCACAGAUAUGUUCCUCUGUGAUCUCUUGAUAUCUGGCUUCAUACUUAUAGUGCAGCAGAGGGCCGCCAGUUCCCAUCGAAGCCGCUGAGGGAGUCUCAGAGCCGACUGCUCACCAGCACUCCCUCCUGGUCAGAGAGUGAGGGUGCACCAGACAAAGACAGGAAAGGUGAGAUGAAGAUGUGGUCUUUGACACAUCCAAAAGAAAACAUAAUACAGAAGGGAGUUAAUUGAUAGAGUUUUCUCCACCUUUGUGUUUUCUUUAGGUGCCAACAACCCAGGGAUAACUAUAGAAAAUGAGGCGUGA